AACAAAUUGGUAACAUUAAAUAGAAAAAUAUCAGUAAAAAAUAAUUAUAUUAAUAUAAUGAUCUUCAAUUAUAAUGGAUAAUUUUCUAAAUAGAAAAAAAACGACGAAAAUAUCAACUUUCUAAAACACUAUUAACUCCCAAUUGCAAGCAAUUUUAUAUUUUCACCUCAUAUAAUGUAAUAUAAAUUAAAAAAUUUAUUUAUUUUUUCCUUUUAAUAUUAAUAUAUAGAUAUAUUAAUAAAAUAUUGUACCGUUUUUCUUAUUUAUCAUAUAUAAAACACAAAAAAUUUUGUAAAUUAUUCUAUUCAAAUUACAAACCAAUUUUUUACCGGGAGAAAACCAGGCCACUCUUUUAAUGACAGAAAUAUUGCAGAAACAUUUUACAGAAAAUAUAAACCCAUCAUCGCCAAUAUGUACCGGUUGCGGAUGCGAAAUAAGGGAUCCUUUUAUACUGAGGGUGUCGCCAAACUUAGAAUGGCACGCUUCCUGUUUGAAAUGUAUGUAUUGCGACAAAUACCUGGAUGAGACUUGCACCUGCUACUUUAAAAACGGGAAGGCCUAUUGCAAGAGAGAUUACUUAAAUCUCUACGGAAUAAAAUGUUCGAGUUGUGGUAUGCCACUCUCACGAACGGAUCUAGUUAUGAAGGCCAAAAAUUUGAUCUACCACACGAGGUGUUUUCAAUGCUACGAUUGCCGAAAAACUUUAUUACCGGGGGAAGAGUUUGUCGUAAAAACACCAGAAAAUGUUUUAUUUUGCCGUAAACAUGUUGAUAUGUCCUCUUAUAGCGGUAUGUUGAGCGUCCUAAAAUUUAAAGACGAAAUUUCGCCAAUAUAUAACGGUCAACAUAACGCGUACAACAACAAUAAUAAGCAGCAUAUCGUCGAUAAUGUCAGUACCUAUAUGUCACCCGAGGAUGAUAAAAAUUCAAUAAAUAACGGUGCGAAAUCGCUUCUCGAUAAUAAAGAUUUUACGAUGGAAGAAAAUUCAGAAAUAUCAUUAACCAAUCUUAUAAAUACAAAUAAUAAUAUCACCGCAAAAGACCAUUUAACAUCAAUUCAUAACAUAAAUUCUACUACCCUGUAUUAUACCGAAUUGGGCAAAACCAUAAACCCUAAACCUAAUUCUUUUCCCAUAUUUCGGGAAGAUAUCACCGAUUCUAGGAAAAGAAAUAAAUCAUUGGACGAUGGAGAUGAAAUUAUCUCUUCUUCCAGUUUUAAUGAAACCGAUUUCAUUUUCAAUUCCAACGCAUCGGACUUUCCCGAGCCACAUUCUUUCAAACAAAUCAAUAAUCAAAUUAAUUCGUUGCCUCAAGUCACCAAUUUUGAAAUGCUGGUAGGAACAGCCGUGGACCAGCCUCAAUUGACCCAAAUAAUUUCUGAUGGAAGUUGUCAAACGGCUACUAUUAGGAGUUCCCUAGAUGUUGUAAGCAAUGUUAACGGGGAUGAAGAACCACUCUCCCUUCAACAAGCCUCCAUAGUUCACACUAGUGAAGACGACUUGCUAUACUUGGAGGAUAAUGAUGAUACCUACAAUUCGGACGAUGAAAAUGAUGAAAUCGACGAUUUGGACGGUGAGGGAGACAUCGAAGAUGUCGAUUUAGCUAAUAAUGAUGACUUAAAAUAUAGCCAUAAUACCAAAACCCGCAACAGAUUAAACAACUUAAACGGUAGCAAUAAUUCUAUAGGUCGACACCAGCAUCACGGAUCUAACAAUUCUUGUCACAUGCACCAUUUUCAUUCGGGACCCCAUCCCCACUUACCGAGGCAUCAUCACCUGAACCACCACACCCAUAAUCGUAUUAACUCCAACAUGGGCCUAAAUCAUCAUCAAAGUCACAAUCACAAUAGCAAUAAUAACGAUAAAGUCACGAGGGUGAGAACGGUCUUGAAUGAGAAGCAAUUACACACGCUCAGAACUUGUUAUAAUGCCAACCCCAGACCGGACGCCCUGAUGAAAGAACAGCUGGUAGAGAUGACGGGCUUGAGUCCAAGGGUCAUAAGGGUUUGGUUCCAGAAUAAACGCUGCAAGGAUAAGAAAAGGCAAAUUCUCAUGAAACAAAUCAGCCAGGCCCAGGAAAAGGGAAUCUCGAAUAUGCACGGCAUACCACUUAUCGCUACUAGUCCGGUUCGCCAUGAACAUAACUCCUUCAGCAACAAUUUUGUCGAGAUCCAAAGUUAUCAAACUCCUUGGAAAGCGCUAAACGAUUUUGCCAUACAAAAUGACAUGAUUGAAAGUCAAUCGUUCCAACCAGCGAUUUGAAAUUUUAAAAUAUAUAUAUUAGUUUUAAAUUAAGCGAGGCGGUUAUAUUAUAAUAUAUUUGCGGAAUAUUAAAGAGGCAAUGAUCAAUAAUAUAAUAUUACCGAGGGUUGGAAAUUUUGAAAGGCCAUUUUCUUUUUCAUUGAUGAAAAAUAAUUAUAAUAUAUUAUUAUAAACCGCUAAUGUUAUAUUUAUUUAAUUAUUAAUAUUUAGUAUUUUUUCUCCCCACCCAAGAAAUGUUAAU